ACUGAAAAAGAUUGUGAAAUGGGUUGUAUGCGUAUAUCAGUAGUAGCAGUGUUGUGUGCAUUAGUGAUGCAUGGAGUGUCAUGUGCAGAUUUGAGUUCAACUUACUACGACACAACAUGCCCUCUGCUAUAUUCCAUUGUCUAUGGAGUCAUCAACCACACUUACAUCACUGAUCCCCGCAUUGCUGCCAACCUCAUCAGGCUUCAUUUUCAUGAUUGCUUUGUUCAAGGUUGCGAUGGAUCAGUUUUGCUGAACAACAGCGAUACUAUAGAAAGCGAACAAGAUGCAGCUCCAAAUCUCAAUUCACUAAGGGGUUUUGAUGUGGUGAAUAAGAUCAAAACAGCGGUGGAAGAUAGUUGUCCAGAGACAGUUUCUUGUGCUGAUAUUUUGGCUAUUGCAGCUGAAGUAGGUUCUGUUCUGGGAGGAGGUCCAUCAUGGUCAGUUCUACUAGGAAGAAGGGAUAGCUUAACAGCAAACAAAACCCUUGCUGAAACAAACCUUCCAGCACCACACUUCACACUUUAUCAACUUCAACAAUCUUUUGCUGCUCAAGGUCUCAACACCACUGAUUUAGUUUCACUCUCAGGUGCACAUACGUUUGGACAAGCACACUGCAAAAAUUUCAUCAACAGAUUAUACAAUUUCAACUACACUGGAAGUGCUGAUCCAACUCUGAAUAGCACUUACUUGGAAGCAUUGAGUAAGAUAUGCCCAGUAGAUGCUACUGAGGAUAACCUCGCCGAUUUGGAUCUGAUCACUCCUAAUCAAUUCGAUAACAAAUACUACUCCAAUCUUCAGUACCAGAAUGGCCUGCUUCAGAGCGACCAAGAACUCUUCUCCAGUUCCGAUGCUGAUACCAUUGACCUUGUGAAUAGCUUCAGCAGUGACCAAAGUGUUUUCUUCGAGAACUUUGUAGUGUCAAUGAUAAAAAUGGGUAGUAUUUCAGUGCUGACGGAAGAUGAAGGAGAAAUUCGGUUGCAGUGUAAUUUGGUGAAUGAAGACUCAUCUGGUUUAGUUGGUGUGGCAUCCAAGGCUCCAAAACAGAAGCUCGCAGUAUACAUGCUUGGGAUGGAGCUUCGUAAUAGCUUGCAUGGUCCUUUAACGGAUUUUUAUUCAAGAACAGUCAAAAUGGGUUCCAUGCGUGUAGUACUAGUGGCAGUGUUGUGUUCAUUUGCUUUGCAUGCAGGGUUUUCUGUAACUAAUGCUCAGCUUAGUCCUACGUUCUACAGAACAACAUGUCCAAAUAUAUUCAAUAUUGUGUUUCAAGUCAUCUUUCAAGCUUCCACCACCGAUCCCCGAAUUGGGGCCAGCCUUCUCAGGCUUCAUUUUCAUGAUUGCUUUGUUCAAGGUUGUGAUGCAUCAGUUUUGUUGAACAACACUGCUACCAUAGAAAGCGAGCAAGAUGCAAUUCCAAAUAACAAUUCAAUAAGGGGCUUGGACGUAGUCAAUAACAUCAAGACAGCGGUGGAAAAUAGUUGUCCAGGGACAGUUUCUUGUGCUGAUAUUCUUGCCAUUGCAGCUGAAGUAGGUUCUGUUCUGGGAGGAGGUCCAGGAUGGCCAGUUCUAUUAGGAAGAAGAGAUAGUUUAACAGCAAACAGAACCCUUGCAAAUCAAAACCUUCCUGCUCCUUUCUUCAACCUCACUCAACUUAAAGCAGCAUUUGCUGUUCAAGGUCUCAACACCACUGAUUUAGUUGCACUCUCAGGUGGUCAUACGUUUGGAAGAGCUCACUGCAGCACAUUCAACAACCGAUUAUACAACUUCAACAACACUGGAAACCCUGAUCCAACUCUGAAUACAACUUACUUAGCAACACUGCGUCUGAUAUGCCCCCAGAACGACACUGGGAAUAACCUCACCAAUUUGGACCUGACCACACCUGAUCAAUUUGAUAACAAAUACUACUCCAAUCUACAGCACCUCAAUGGCUUACUUCAGAGCGACCAGGAACUCUUCUCUACUCCUGGUGCUGAUACCAUUCCCAUUGUCAACAGUUUCAGCAGUAACCAAAAUGCUUUCUUUGCCAACUUCGUAGCGUCAAUGAUAAAAAUGGGAAAUAUUGGAGUGCUGACAGGAACUGAUGGAGAAAUUCGCACCCAAUGCAAUUUUGUGAAUGGAAACUCGUUUGGAUUAGCUAGUAUGGCGUCCAAAGAUCCUAAGGAAAAGAGGGUUUCUCAAUAUUAAUAAGUUAAUGGAAAGUGUCAGCUGUAAAAGGCAAAUUGGAGGUUGUAAACCUCUUUGCUAUAAUAUUGAAAUAAACCACAGAAAUGUGCAUGCAGACGUGAUUUUGCUAUGCACCUGUUAUGUGUUUA